GAGGGGAUGCUACCAGUUCGCUCUUAUCUCGCGUUAGGCCCUCGUUGUACGUUUCGUCAAGCCACGGCGGGGGAAGUCCCCUCCACUUUCCCCCAUCAGUGGUGUUUUCGAGCAAAACAAUACUUGCGCAGUGCGCAACAGCGCGGAAGGGAGGUCAGGGAGCAUUUCAUUUGCUGAUAGACGAUCUGUUGUCGCCUUUGUUCUCAUCUUCCUGAUGUUCCUGAUGCUGUGAAUGUGCGCGACCAUUCCAUUAUGCGGAGGCCUCAGAAGGCGGUUCCUUCACUAUCCCCAGCGCCUUCACUAUCCACAGCGGUGAUAUAAAGCCAUGGACCAUGGCCGUAUCUAUGGCAGCACCAGCAGAGCCAGCAGCACCAACAUCCAGCCCCUCAUCCACAAUGGCAACAAUUAAGCUCCCCCUCCUCACGCUCCCACGGUACCUCUACCGCGUACAAUACAGCCGCACACAGACCGUAUAUUCCCCCCAUACGGGGCUCCACGCCGCGAUCAGCUCAACAUCCUGGGGGCGCCCCGACGCGCUCACGCUCCAACGCGCGAUACUCAGCCACUUCAACUGGAACUCCCGCGUGCCAUCGCCGUUCAUCUCGACGUUCGCGGACGCGAAACACGCCGCCCACUGGGGCCACCGCCUCCCCGGCAAGCAGGCCGUCACCGUGUUGAAGAUAGCCACCCGGAAACUCGGGCCCCAGGUGAAAGUCUUCCAGGGACUGGGACAGAAUGAGAUUAUGUUCUUCCACACGGUUCCGCCCAGGGCGAUCGCGAGGGAGGUGGUCCCGCUUAAGCGGUUCGCAGCUAGGGUUCUUGUGGCGUAAGCUCGAGGUUAAUGUUGCUGAGCCCAUUGGCAAGCAUAUCGGCGACUCAUCCGCCGCCAGUGGGCACUGCAGCUAUGGAAAUCACCAUGUGAUCUCCGCCGACUGAUGUAUACCCCGUCGCCAUGGAAUUCCAGUGCGAACACAAGAACGUCCGGAAUCCGGAUCGUUGGAUACGAAUCAUCGACCACAUGGCCGGUAGGUAGCACGGUCGGAGGUGUUUACCGGUAUAGAAGAAUGGAGGAGGUUAUUGGAAGACGGGAAGCGUUAGUUAGUUAGGUCAUUUGUUAGCCAGGGGAUGUUUGAAAUAUGUACGACGA